UACACACACACACACACACACACACACACACACACACACACACACACACUACUUUGACAUUCUCAGUCUCCAGUCUUUGGAUUUUCAAAGCUGAGAUGCUUUGCUCGCUUCUGUUUCCAUCGCCCAGUGGCCCAAAUUGGAAACUUCCUUCAAAAACUAAGCUGAUGGCAAUUGGUUGUGGGGAUGGAUCCCAGGGUCUGGCACAUGGUAGACAAGAGGCUUUGCCAGUGAAACAAUUCUUCUAGCCUUUUGUUACUUUCCUCUCUCCAAGACCAUAGCCUUACUGUCAUUUGGUAACUUAUGUGUCCUAGUUACCCUUCACUGUCAACUUCACACAGCCUAAAGCCAUCUCAGGGGGGAAAUUGCCUAGAUCAGUUUGGGCUGUGAGCAUGUCUAUGGUAAAUUAUCUUUAUUGUUGAUUGAUGCAGGAGGGCAUCUAUCUGUGGACAGCACCACUGGUCUUGGGCUGGUUAAAAAAGCAUGAGCCUGUUAGCAAGUCAGCAAACAGUGUUUGUUUUUCCAUGGUUUCUGCUUCGAGUUCCUGCUUGAGUUUCUGCCCUGACUUCCCUCAGCUAUUGACUGCCGCUUGAAAGCUGAAACAAACCCUUUCAUUGCUUAAGUUACUUUUGUUUGGAGUGUUUUAUCACAAUGACCCAAAUCAGACUAGAACAAUAUGAAAACUGUGAUUAUUUUAGGUGAGGAGUUAAGUCCAGACACUAUUGCCCAGAAGCAGAAAAUCUUUCCCCUGUGUUUUAAAAAGCACAUGUUUGCCUUGCCCUGACUUGGAGCCUAACAGCUCAUGCAUGGCCAGGCCAGUUUCAGUGCUAAUCCCUUCCAGGGCACCGUCUUUUGCCCUCACUCAGAAAUUAUUUUUCUCUGUUUUAAAUAUCACUAUUUCAUAACAGAACAUGAUGACAGACUCCCUUCCCUUUUUACCUAGUUGGGUUGCUGUGGGAGGUUUAGGUGGGACCAACAUGAUGUAGUGAGUAAAUUUUUAAAAUGCUAUUUUUAUUCCCUGGUAAUUUAAAAAAGUACAUGCAUUUGUGUGUGUGUGUGUGUGUGUGUGUGUGUGUGUGUGUGUGAUGCCCACAACCUGACAUCCAUUUGAAGUGAAAGGAGAACUUGCUUGGGAAUUGGUUGUCUUGUUUUCUACAAUGUGGAUCUUGGGGAUCAAACUUAAAUCAUCAGGCUUGACAGCAAGCACAGUCAUCUUUCAAGCCCUUACAUAGUAUUUUCUAAUGUGUAACAUAGACUCAGGAAUGAUGUUUAGAGAGGGAACUAAACAAGAAAGCCACAAAACAAUGAUAGGAUGAGAAUAGUAGCUUGAAUGUUAUUUGGUUAUAAAAGGUUUAUUGUUUAUAUAAAAACAUAUCAAAGUACCUUACAAUAAAACAGUUGCAUCAAAACAUCAUGCAGUGUUAACUCACAAGAGGAGAAAAAAGAUGAGAAGCAUUAGCAAUAAAAUAAAAUAAAUAACUCAGCUGAGUAUUGUUUAUAUGACCAAUGACACUCUACCAAACACGCUGCAUGUUAGUCAAUCAUUUCAACCUUACAGACAUCCUAUGAGCCAGAUGGUGCAAUUAUCCCAUCUACCUUUUAUGAAACCAAGGCACAGAGGCUAGGCAACUUCCUGUGAAACACCAUUACUGGAGAUGUCAGGAGAGACACUAGCAUACAUGAAAGUCCAAAGAAUAAAAUGCACUUGUUCAUGUAGUGUGAAUCCAAUGGUGAGAAGGAGGACCAAGAAGGUCAGAGAGAGACUCCAGUGCUUCUGUGACUCUUGUGUUUCCUUAGGGGUGGUGAGGAUGUUAGUGAAGGGGAGGUUUGGUUAAUCAAUCACACGCAGCUGUCUACUUUUGUUUCUGUCAUUGAUGAAUGUCCAUUUAUCAUUUCUCUAGGCUAAAGUGUCCUCAUGAUUGUCCAACUGCAAGGUGCACAGAUGCUGCAGAUGCUGGAGAAAUCUUUGAGGAAGUAUCUUCCUGAAUCCUUAAAGGUUUAUGGGACUGUCUAUCACAUGAACCAUGGAAACCCAUUCAACCUAAAAGCCCUAGUUGACAAGUGGCCUGAAUUUAACACAGUGGUUAUCCGCCCCCAGGAAAAGGACAUGGCAAAUGACCUUGAUUACUACACCAAUACUUACCAAAUCUUCUCUAAAGACCCACAGAACUGUCAGAAGUUCUUGGACUCCCCAGAAGUCAUCAAUUGGAAACAGCAUUUGCAGAUUCAAAGUUCCCAGUCCCGUCUAAAUGAAGUGAUACAAAAUCUUGCAAACAUUCAGUCUCUCCAUGUCAACCACUCAGAAAACUUCCUCUUUGUAGCAGCAGAGACAAUCAAGAACCUGUUCCCUUCCCUGAUGGAUACAAAGGAUUUAUUGCCAGGUGGUUUCAAGCUAAAGGCCAUCAAUCAAGACAUGUUUAAACUUUCAUCCUUGGAUAUCACCCAUGCUCCUUUGGUGAAUAAAUUAUGGCUUUUUGGUGGCAAUGAAUUCAGCCAGAGAUUCAUCGAACGCUGUAUAAAGAAAUUCCCAAGUUCCUGUGUCCUGGGGCCUGAGGGAACCCCUGCGUCUUGGACCCUAAUGGACCAGACCGGAGAGAUUCGAAUGGGAGGCACCGUACCUAAGUACCGAACCCAAGGUCUCGUCUCCUUUGUUGUCUAUGCACAAGAGCAGCUUAUGAAAAAACGUGGCUUUCCUAUUUAUUCUCACACAGACAAAAGUAAUACUAUUAUGCAAAAAAUGAGUCACUCACUGCAGCAUCUCCGCAUGCCGUGUGCCUGGAACCAAUGGAAGUGUGUGCCAGUGUGAAGCUGGACUUGCACACAGGAUGGUAUUGAGUGGGCCUGGGGUUAUAAUCGGAUGUCAGACAAGGAGUAGAAGUUACCAAAAAGAGAAUAAAUGGAAAGCAGAUGCAAA